GUAUGUAACCCUACUACUCAAGAUUUAGUUAAAUUACCUAAAUCUCAUUUUUGUGAUGUUAAAGAUGGUAGUGCUUUUGGGUAUAUAAAGGAGAGGAAUGAGUAUGUUUUGGUCAAUGCUCGUUGUAUUAAUUAUGAAAUUGGGUGUGAGGUUUUGAGGUGGACUGAUGGUUGUUGUUUGAAAGAUUGUUAUUGGUGGAUUGUUAGUUCGAAAUGCCCAUGUUAUCUUCGUUUGUGGGGAAUUUUGAUUGAAAAUAGUUGUUAUUGGAUUGGAUACAAUGACAAGUAUGAUAACACAAAGAUUGAUGCAAUUGUGUCAUUCGAUUUGGGAAAAGAGGAGUUUAGUACAGUGGUGUUACCAGAAGGUCGUUUUGAUCCUGCUGGAGUUCGUUUUUUGGUGGAAUUGAAGGGGUUGUUGUUUUUGGUUGAUUCACCCGAGGACGUAUCUUCCAUGGAUAUUUGGGUGUUGAAAGAUUCAAAGAAUCAUAUAUGGGCUAAGGAGUACAUUAUUGAUCUGAGCAUGUUUGACUUUGGCUUCGAUUUUAUCACUCCUCUGGAUUGUAAGGAAGGGAAGAUUCUUAUGGAUGUUAAAUUUGAAAGUCUUGAGUGGUAUGAUGUGGAGAAGAAGUGCUUUAAGAAAAUAGAUAAUCUAACUUCACGACGAUGGAGAUGGUCUGUACUUUACACUGAUGGCUUGUUUUCCUUGGGAAGUCGAUAUGUAGGUGGCGUAUAAUGUUUUCAGGUGCUGUUUAUGGUUUGCUUCGUCAACCAUAGUGUUUCACCCUUUGCUUAGAGUAAAUUAGUUAACUUUGAGCAAACAAUAAAUCUAUCAUUUUGUGGAGUUAUCUUGUCAAUUCCUGUAAUUGAACCAGUAUAUUUGAAAUGAUGUUGGAAGAUUAAUGUCAUAUUAUCAUUUACUUCA